AUGUCGAUCGAGAACACUGCCGCCAACGCUACAGGCGGCUCAGACGUCGCCACCACGGCCAAACCAAGCCCUAGCUCGACGAAGGCAGUGGCAACACCACCGCCUCAUCCAACGCCCGAUCAAAUCGCAGCUUCUGCUCGGCGCUACUAUCUCUUUGGCUACCCGAUCUCCCACUCUGCCAGUCCUGCGUUCCAGAACCUGAUGCUGCAGUCCAUCGAGCCAAUCGCCUUUCCUGGAUCCGAAUCUCAGAGCUUUCACCCAACCUACUCGCUCCAAGACACCGAAAGCAUCGAUGCUGCUCAUUUUCGAUCACUCGUUCGAGACGACCCUCUCUUUGCCGGCGCUGGGGUCACUAUGCCGCUCAAAGUUGCUGUCACUGCGAACCUCGGCUCGAAGUACGUGAUCGACGAGCUCAGCGAAGCAGGAAAAGCAACGCAGACUGUCAACACGAUCGUGCCCACACCUCAGUCCGCCGGCAAGCCGAGAAAGAUGAUUGGCACCAACACCGAUUAUCUCGGCAUUGCUCACGCUCUUCUCAGAGGCAUCGCAGACAUGAACAAAGAAGACCGAAUCACAAAGUACCUGGAUCCUCGAUUACCGUACAAGGCUCGAUUCGUCUUCCCGAAGAACGAACAGGGAAAGACCUGCUCCGCUUUUAUCAUUGGCUCGGGCGGAACCUGCAGGUCAGCGGUCUAUGCUGUCUCUCAGCUUGGCCUCUCGCCCAUCUACCUCCUCAAUCGGGAUGCUGAAGAGACACAGGCAGUCGUCGAUCAUUUCGGUGCCUCCCUCGAUCUUCGUCCUCUUCGCUCGGUCGAGGCCUGGGAGGCAGAAGAGAAGAAGCGACAGGAUGGACAAGUUGGGCCGAUCGCCUGUGCUGUAGGCGCCAUUCCAGCUUUCACUCCGCAAACAGACUCGGAAAAGAUGGUCUACACGCUUGCCGAAAAGUUCUUCUCGACCGCUCCCCCACCCGCUUCGUCUCAUGCCCACACUCCUGCAACGUCGACAGAGUCGAGUGGCGAGACACUCGUUCCGUUGCCUCUGCCCGCGAAGCGUCCGUUCCUGGACAUGUGCUACAAGCCACGCCAGACUCCUCUUCUCACUAUGGCGGCAUCGCUGGGAUGGUUCUCUAUUGGCGGUGUGGAAGCAAUGGUGGAACAAGGUCUUGCGCAAGCAAGGAUGUGGGCCGCAACAGCAAAAGCCUUUGCAGACGGCAAGGAAAGCUUUGAUCCCAUACCGUUUGCGGUCAAGGCCGGUGACGAAGGUCCUUUGGGCUCAGAGGUCGAGGAAAGGGCCCGUGACAUGGCAAAGGCCAUGCUGGAUAUCAAGAAUUUGCCUGUUGGUGAUCGUGUGCGAGUGUGCUUCCGACGACAAAUGUCGGUCCCAAGAUGCCCGUUCUUGUGGAGUUCCGUGCGAGACCGACGAGGCAGCGAGUUCACGUCGCUCAGACCACAUCGGACUCGACCCUCAAACGACCCGGACAUGAAUCGGACCUGA